AUGGCUAAAGGGUUUUCGCUGAAGGAUCAAGUUGCGUCCAAGAUUGGGCAGCAGAAGAAGAAGCACGACAAGAAGCAGGAGAAGAACGGGAGCAAAGAGACCGAUGAGGUGUUGAAGAGAGAAGCAUUGGAGCUUGGUGCUAGUGAGAAGGAUCUUGAUCUGAUCAAAGAUGUUGAUGUUGAUGAGAAUGAUGAUGAGGUGUUGAUCCUGGAUGCUGAAGACGGCGAUGACGGUGAGCUAGGUUCCGAGUUGAAGAGUUUCAUUGGGAAGCUGGGUUUGGAUAAGCAUGCUGUGCCAGAUGCCAAGGAGGAAGUGGCUGAAGAAGCUCAGGAAAACGAUGAAGAUGACGACGAAGACGAAGAAAAUGACGAUGAAGAAGAGCUUAGUUCUGAAUCAGAAGAGGAAGGACAAGACAGCGAGCCAGAAGAGCCAAAAGAAAAGAAAGACAGCGGAUUCAUCUCACAAACCACUAUAAUUUCAUCUGAUAAGUUAAUUGUGCCUUAUGAUGUACCUUGGUAUCAAGUACCAUUGGACCCUCAACUGAAACAGAAUGUUCUGGAUAGUCAAAAUGAAGAACCAUUGACCAAAGAACAGAUCACUACUUUAUUCAACAGAGGUAAAGAGACCUUAGAGGCCGAUAACCAGACCUACUAUGACGAAUUUACCAAGGAUUCCUCUCAGAGAAAGUUUAUGUCUCAAAUUCUGUCAGAUGGUACACUGAGCGAUAAAAUUUCAGCCCUAACUUUGCUGAUACAGGAUUCACCACUCCACAACAUGAAGUCCCUAGAUAUGCUUCUAUCUUUUUGCAGUAAAAAAUCCAGGAAUUCUGCUUUGCAGAGUUUGAAUGCACUAAAGGAUUUGCUCUUGAGCGGUUUACUACCUAACAGAAAAUUAAGAUACUUUAAAAACCAACCAGGUCUAUCGAUGAUGUUGAACAAGCGGACUUUGGCUAUCUUCUAUUUUGAGGAUUACCUAAAGAAGCUUUUCUUCAAAAUUUUAGAGACAUUAGAACUGCUGUCUCAUGACCCUAUCAUUCACGUGAGAAUGCAAGUUUUGACUCAUAUAUUCGAUUUCCUGAUCAAACAGCCAGAACAGGAAUUCAACUUAUUAAGACUGGGUGUUAAUAAAUUAGGUGAUAUCGACUCAAAAGUCUCUUCGAAGUCUUCAUAUUUGCUACUGAAAUUACAACAAGAGCACCCAAAUAUGAAAUCUAUUAUUAUUGAUGCAAUUGUUGACAUAGCUCUUCGUCCAAACGCUGACUAUCACGCUACCUACUACUCAACCAUCACCCUAAAUCAAACCAUUCUAACAAGAACUGAAGAUGAAAUAGCCAACAAGCUAAUCAAGACAUACUUUACUUUGUUUGAGAAGUUCCUAAUAAGUACUGAAAAGGACAAUAAAGAUGAUGGUCCCGAAAAGACCAAGAAGAGUUAUGAAAACAAGCGUAAGAAAAACUUCAAAAGAGGUAAAAAGGGUGGUAAGUCUGUUAAGGAAGACGUUACCGAAUCAGAAGUCAUUAAGGAAAAGAAUUCCAAGCUUUUCAGUUCAUUAUUGACUGGUAUAAACAGAGCGUUCCCAUUUGCACAACUUUCGGCAUCUGUUUACGAAACUCAUUUGGAGACCCUAUACAAGAUCACCCACUCCUCGAACUUCAAUACAUCUGUCCAAGCUCUUGUCCUCAUUAACCAAGUGACUGUUAAAGCCAAAUUAAACAACGAUAGAUACUAUAGAACCUUAUAUGAAAGUUUACUAGAUCCAAGACUGGUUAACUCCUCAAAGCAAGGUAUUUACCUGAACUUGCUUUAUAAAUCGUUGAAACAAGAUGCAAGUAAUAUUUCAAGAGUAGAAGCUUUUGUAAAGAGAAUUUUACAAGUAUCCUCUCACUGGGUUAACAUCGGUACUAUUGUGGGUUUCUUUUUCCUACUGAUCCAAUUGGUCCAAAUCGUUCCUCACAUUCAGAACCUUUUGACCAAUACACCAGUCGAUCAAGAAUAUCAAGCCGAUGAAGCUGAUGAGGAUAGCUCAGAGAAGGCUCAUGUUCGUCAAUAUGAUUCACGUAAGAGAGAUCCAAAGUUUGCGAAUGCAGAUGUAUCUUCUCUAUGGGAAAUAGCAAACUUCACAGAUCAUUACCAUCCUACUGUCAAAGCAUACGCAGAGGCUUUUGUAAAUGGUAAGUACAAAGAAGUUUCGAAACCAGACUUAGGUCUAUACACCCUUACACAUUUCUUGGAUAGAUUUGUCUAUAGAAAUGCUAAACAAAAACCACUUUCUAGAGGUUCAUCCAUUAUGCAACCUUUAUUUGGUGGUGCACAAACACGCGAAUCUUUGUUGGUUAAAGCAUCUGAUAUGGUACGUAAUAUCGGCCCUGUCAAUACCAAAAACUGGAUUGAUAGCAAGGUAGAGGAGAUUAAGCCAGAAGACCGUUUCUUCUACCAAUAUUUCACUUCAAAGAAGACUGCGAUCAAGUCUGAUAAGAAGGAAGCUCAACCUAAAGAAGAAGAUGAAGAGAUGGAUGAGGAUGAGAUCUGGAAUGCUUUGGUCAAGUCCAGACCAGAUGUUGAAGAUGAUAGUGAUGAUAGCGUAGGUUUCAGCGAUGAAGACUUCGGUGAUAUGAGUGAUAUGAGUGAUGAUGAAGAUCAAGAUGUUGCCCCAUCAGAUGAUGACGACGAGGAAGACUCUGACUCAAAUGAUGUCAACAUUGAUGAAGAUAUUUUCUACAGCUUCAAUGAUGAUGGAGAAGGUAAAGAACAAGAAGACGAAGAUGAAAACGAGGACGACGAUGAGGAUGAAGACGAAGACGGUAUUGAUUCUGAUACAUUAAAGAGACUAAGAGAAGACGAGGUGUCCUCAUCCGAAGAAGAAGAAGAAGAUAACAAAAAGAAUAAAAAGCAGAAGAAGAGCAAGAAAAAAUCGCUUCCUGUCUUUGCAGCUGCAGAAGAUUACGCUAAAUACCUUGAAUCAGACAGCGAAUAA